UUUGGUUUUGACGUUGACGUUUCUAUUUCUUUUAAAAACACGUGUUUACGUGUUGAGCUCAUGCCGAGCUCCGUUUUAUUUUUAAGUGUAAUUAAAUAAUCCAAAAUGAGUUUAUACAACUUUAAAAAAAUCGCUGUAGUCCCUACAGCAAAGGACUUUAUAGACAUUAUAUUGUCUAAAACACAGAGGAAAACUCCCACAGUUGUACACAAACAUUACAAAAUAUCCCGGAUACGUGGAUUUUAUAUGAGAAAAGUGAAGUUUACCCAACAGAACUUUCAUGAUCGUCUUUCUAGGAUUAUUCAGGAAUUCCCCAAACUAGAUGAUGUUCACCCGUUCUAUGCAGACCUUAUGAACGUGCUGUAUGACAAAGAUCACUACAAGCUGGGUCUAGGUCAGCUGAACACCGCCAGGCAUCUUAUUGAUACUGUAGCAAAAGACUAUGUCCGUCUACUGAAGUACGGAGACUCGCUGUACCGAUGCAAGCAGCUGAAGCGAGCGGCGCUCGGUCGCAUGGCCACCAUUAUGAAGAGGCAGGCUGCCAACCUUACGUACUUGGAACAGGUCCGUCAACACUUGUCGCGUCUGCCGUCCAUCGACCCUUACACUCGUACUAUCAUCAUCUGCGGGUUCCCUAAUGUCGGCAAAUCCAGCUUUAUUAACAAGAUAACUCGUGCAGAUGUUGAAGUGCAGCCGUACGCAUUCACAACAAAGAGUUUGUAUGUUGGACACACCGACUACAAGUAUUUAAGAUGGCAGGUGAUAGACACCCCGGGUAUAUUAGACCACCCCCUAGAGGAGCGUAACGUGAUCGAGAUGCAGGCGGUGACCGCGCUCGCCCACCUCCGCGCCGCCGUGCUCUACUUCAUCGAUCCCAGCGAGCAGUGCGGACACAGCAUUGAGGAGCAGAUUUCCCUGUUCGAGAGCAUAAAGCCACUGUUCAGCAACAAGCCUUUGAUAGUGGUGCUGAAUAAGAUGGAUGUGACCAAACCCGAGGACCUGCCUCCUCCCAAGAGGCAGCUCAUUGAGGACCUGGUCACCACAUGUUCUAAAGGCAAUCUUGUCAAUGCGGACCCCAACUCGGACUUAUCAGUGGUCCCAGUGAUGCGUAUGUCCACCAUCACGGAGGAGGGAGUGCAGGAGGUGAAGAUCGAGGCCUGCGAGCGACUGCUGGGACACAGGGUCACUGAGAAGAUGAGGACUAAGAAGGUGGACGGCAUCCUCAACCGCCUGCACGUGGCGGUCCCGGCCCCGCGAGACGGCAAGGCUCGGCCGCCGGUCAUCCCGCCCGCCGUAGCACUCAAGAAGCAGCAACAAGCCGACAAGCUCAGCCGCAAGAGGAAGCUGGAGAGAGAUAUAGAGGUGGAAGAGGGAGAUGAUUAUGUGCUCGACCUACAGAAGAACUACGCGGAGAUCCCUGAGGAGGAGCGUCACGACCCCAUCCCCGAGUUCUGGGAGGGACACAACAUCGCCGACUACAUCGACCCCGAUAUAUUCGACAAACUGGCUGAGCUCGAGAAGGAAGAAGAGCUACGCACGGAGGGAGGCAUGUACGCGGUGCCCAAGAUCGAGCUCGACGACACCAUGAAGGAGAUCAGGGAACUGGCCAGGCAGAUACGCAACAAGAAAGCAAUUCUCAAGGACGAGUCCCGCCUGGUGAAGCAGUCGACGAAGCCCGUCAUGCCGCGCACCAGCCGAGCCCGCGCCAAGGACCGCACCACCGACAAGCUCAGGGACGAGAUGGAGAAGCUCGGAGUGGACAUGUCAGACACGAAAGAAGCCCACUUCACUCGUUCCCGCUCGCGUUCACGCUCUGCGCCCGUCGCCAAGCGAGCACGCGCCGACGACGGACGCUCCGUCAGCCGCCCUGCCAGAGACACCACCGGCGUCGGCGGACCUCUUAUGCAACAGAAAGCCAAGAAGUUGGCUCACGUGGCGAUCGCGAAGAAAACCAAGAAGAUGGGUCUCAAAGGAGAGGCCGACAGGUUCAUCGGCACCAAGAUGCCCAAACAUCUGUUCGCGGGCAAACGCGGAGUUGGCAAGACCGACAGGCGGUAGAAAUAGACAAUAUAGGAGUUGUAAGGAGAAUUGUACAUUUGUGGGGCUCGUGUGUAGGGUAUUUGAAGAUUUGUGGCAGUUUUUUGGUAUUUGGUAUGAGGAAAAUAAAAUAUGCACAAAUAUUGUAAAUUACCAAUUAAUUAAUUCCCUCCUUUUUUGGACUGGAGAUUAAUAAUAUCAGUAUUUUUUAACCAGCUGUAUAAAAAGUAGCCUCUAGGCUUUUUUAUGCUUAACUGUAUAUCUGCCAAGUUUAAUCGAAAUUCAUUCAGUAGUUUUACGUGAAAGAAUAACAAACCACACAAGUCUGUGUGGUUUAAUAUUAAGUAUAAACUUUAUCAUAAUUUAUUUUUCUAUAAGAAACCUACACACGACUCUUCAAAUAUGUAAAUAAAUAUAUACUAUACAUAAGUAUAUUGAUUUUGAAAAUUGUAUGUAACUGCCAACUGUGUCCCAGCUAUGGGAUUAUGACCAUUUAAAUAAUAACAUUGAAAUGUUCAAGCUAUUGUCGCCAUUCGGUACGUUGAACGAAAGCGAUCACAUAAAGUCAGUGUGGCUUAUUGUAAUAAAUAAAAGCCAGGAAUUUGUCACUGAAAUCGCUCAAACCACUUGUAAUCGAGCUAAAUUUAAAUAAAUUAUAUUUAAGCGUAA